UGUAAGCGCCUAUGAUGCCUAGAAAUGCUGUCUAGGUAGGAAGUGCACUUGGUUUUGAUUAAAAGAGGAUUUUUAGGGCGUUAGUAAGUUGAGCUCUGUCGGGGAAACAGCCGUGAGGUGGACACUGUUAACCGACUCGGAUGUUUAUGGAUUAUUAUUAUUUCUGCAUUAAAAUUCGAAUCACGUGAGAUGAAUGUGCAAUGACAGUGUCCCGACACCGAGCCGUCUCGCGCAGUUCUAGAGGAACGGACACGCGCUCACAUUCUUUCAUGUAAUCGAGCACUUCAUCGCGUUUUUACAGUGUUUCCUUUCUUUUUGUUUUUGGUUUAUUUUAUAGGAAUGGCUUGGCCGUGCAUCAGCAGAGUCUGCUGCUUGGCUCGGUUCUGGAACCAGUUCGAUAAAUCAGAUUUGUCGGUUCCGCUAACGAUUCAGAACUACUCUGACAUCGGGGAGCAGGAGGUGCGAUCCGUCACCAAACUCGUUUCCACGGAACAGGCGCCGGGCGUCAACUUCGUGACGCCGGACCAUGCAGCUGGAGUCCGGCGGCCGCAACGAGGACGGACGGAACCGAGUUAUAAACCCCGCGAGGACUACCAUCCCCCGGGUGUGCCCUUCCAGAGCGUCACCCAGUACAAACAGGAUUACAAACCAUGGCCCAUCCCGAAGAAGGAUAACUUUCCCUGGAUCAAUAACGGAGGGAAAGGCGGCACUUUAACGGAUAGCCCGGUGAACGGUUACUCUAACAGCACGAGUCAGCAGCGGGCGGACAGACUGGAGCGCAGCGGCAAGCAGAGAGGGGCAGAUCAGCUCAGCUCACACAGGAAGGAGUACCAGCCAUGGUCUGGAGCUCGGCCGUCAAAGGCUGCCCAUAAACGGCCCACCUUCCUGGGUACAGGUGCUGACCAGCCCCCGCCGGAGACCAGCUACCAGGCCGCAUUCAGCCCAGACUCGCACAGACACACAGACGCCAGCGUACCGGAGACCAGCACACACGCACAGACAGAGAAAGCACACACACACAGGACAGAGAUCAGCAUGAAACCAGAGGUGAGUGAGAGGAUAGAUCAGAAGAGAUGUGGAGAGAAGAGAGAGAUCAAAUCCGACAGCGAGCUGAUGUGACAGAAUGAUCAACAAAGAGUCAAAUUUCAGACCAUGCUCAGCAGAACGAGAAUGAACUGGAGACUUUCAUAUUAUCAGCAGGAGAUCACUGUGUAAAAUCUUAACUUUUAUUUUUACCCCCACCCCAUGAAUUAUUCAUGUUUGAGCU